CCCUCUUCUGUCGAUUUCGCAUUUGGUGUCCCUCUUUAUUCCCUCCUCGGAACCUUUCCUUCCCUCCAUACCCUGUUAUUCUUCUACUUAUACUCCUCUCGUUCUCCCGUCAAAGGUUAAGAAGGAGAAGAUAUUGACCGGAAGAGAUGGCCGGAGAACUGACGGAGAAGCUGCUGAGCAAGAAGCCGGAGAACGGAGAGGCGGAGGAGGAGGAGGAGUUGAGGUUGAAGGAUAGGGUGUGGGAGGAGUCCAAGAAGCUGUGGGUGGUGGCGGCUCCGGCCAUCUUUACGAGGUUUUCGACGUUCGGAGUGUCGUUGAUAAGCCAAGCCUUCAUCGGACACCUCGGUCCGACCGAGCUGGCUGCUUACUCCAUCGUCUUCACCAUCCUCCUCAGGUUCAGCAAUGGCAUCUUGCUAGGUAUGGCAAGUGCACUAGAAACGUUGUGUGGACAAUCGUACGGAGCAAAACAGUACCACAUGCUGGGGAUCUACCUCCAAAGAUCUUGGAUCGUUCUCACGGGAUGCGCCAUUUGCCUAAUGCCGCUCUAUAUUUUCUCGGGUCCGAUCCUUCUGGCCUUGGGCCAGGAGGAACACAUCGUCCGGGUGGCUCGUAUCAUCUCCCUCUGGUUCAUCGGCAUAAAUAUCUCCUUCGUCCCUUCCUACACUUGCCAGAUGUUUCUCCAGGCUCAGAGCAAGAACAGGAUGAUCGCUUACGUGGCGGCCUUGUCCCUGGGGAUGCACCUGUUCCUGUCGUGGCUUUUGGUGGUUCAUUACAAGUUCGGAAUCGCCGGCGCGAUGACUUCGACGCUGGUCGCGUUUUGGAUACCGAACAUUGGACAGCUUCUGUUCGUGACGUGCGGAGGUUGUAGAGAUACAUGGAGAGGUUUCUCUUCUUUGGCGUUUAAGGAUCUUUGGCCUGUUGUCAAGUUGUCGCUUUCCUCCGGCGGCAUGCUUUGCCUUGAGCUAUGGUACAACACGAUCUUGGUACUUCUGACCGGGAAUUUGAAGAAUGCAGAGGUCGCCAUUGAUGCUCUUGCCAUCUGCAUCAACAUCAACGGCCUAGAAAUGAUGAUCGCACUAGGGUUUCUGGCUGCAGCAAGUGUGAGGGUAUCGAACGAGCUCGGGCGGGGAAAUCCGAAAGCUGCAAAGUUCGCGACGGUUAACGUGGUCUGCACUUCGCUGUCGAUAGGAUUCGUUCUAUUCUUCGUGUUCUUGUUCCUCAGAGGAAGGGUUUCAUAUAUAUUCACGGUUAGUGAAGCCGUGGCCGCUGAAGUAGCCGAUCUAUCGCCUCUUCUAGCUUUCUCCAUCCUCUUGAACAGCGUUCAACCUGUUCUAUCAGGAGUUGCGGUCGGAGCUGGAUGGCAAGGCUAUGUUACAUACGUGAACCUUGCUUGCUAUUACCUUGUCGGAAUUCCUACCGGAGUUGUGCUCGGUUACGUCUUUGGUUUGCAAGUUAAAGGUGUUUGGAUUGGGAUGCUCUUCGGUGUAUUCGUUCAGACUUGUGUGCUAGUAAUCAUGACUUUGAGAACAGAUUGGGACCAACAGGUUUCUGCAACUCGCAAUCGCUUAAACCGGUGGGCUGUACCGGAAACAAGAGACGAGCGUCAAACUUCGCAAGAGGGCUAACAAGUAAUGAUGGUUAUUGAUAUCAUAUUAUUAUUAUUAUUAUGGUUAUGUUAGUCGAUAAUGACGUGUAUUUUUAUUUCAGACUAAGCAUAAAUCUUUUUUUUUUUUAUGGCGUUUUUAUACAUGUUCUUUGGACAACGCUGAGAUGAGUGAUUCUUUAAGCUUAGAUGUUGUAUUUGCUACUGUUGUUCGCUAUCAGUUUCGUUAUUUAAGCCCUUCAUUUCUGAUA